CAGUGUAUUAUGGCCCUUUUCUUCAUAACGAGCAUUAAAAAUCACUAGUAGUACACUAACGUGUCGGUAGGCAGUGCUAACUUUCCCCUUCCGCCUUAAAAAAAGGUUGGGACCCGGGGGCAGGGAAAUUCUGAGUCCGUGCUGGGAGCGAAUGAACAUGGACGCCUGCAGGAGCAGCGGAGAACAUGACCUUUCCUCAACAAAACAGCGUCCACUGAUGUUGUCCUGCUCCUAGAGAAGACGAUGCGGGCGUCCGCAGUUCUCUGCGCCGCUGUGCUGUGCACCGUGUUCGUCUCUGCUCUCGAAGAUAAACACUCUCUGUAUUACCUCUACACUGUCCAGUCCAAGCGCUCUGCCAGUAACGUCUAUGAGUUCAGUGCAGUGACUCUGGAUGACAGACAGAUUGACUCCUACAGCAGUACAGAUGGGGUCAGGACUCCUAAACAGGACUGGAUGAAGGAGAUGACGGAGAGUGAAAGGGAAAGUGGUACUGCUGAGAUGAAGGAUGAUGCAACCUGGUCAACCACCUUCCUCGGCACAGUGAUGGAGGCCUUUGGACACAGUGAGUCAGGUGGUCAUACUCUUCAGUGGAGACAUGGGUGUGAGGGUGUAAAGCGGUUUGAUGGCUCAGUGAUGGGUGUAAAUUACACUGAUGAAUAUGCCUAUGAUGGACAAGACUUCAUCCAUUUUAACUGGACCUUGAAGAAAUGGCUGGCUUCAGCUGAAGAGGGCAGAGUGAUGGAGGAGAGGUGGAACACUGGACACGGUCACAUCACUGCUCUUCAGAAGUGUGAGGAGUGGUUGAAGAUUUAUCUCCACUACAAAAAUAAUACUCAGACCAAACCAGGGAAUGUAUUUGUGUUUGCGAAGAAAUCUGUUACUGGCUUAAUCAAUCUGACCCUGACCUGCCUGGCCACGGGCUUCUACCUCAAAGACAUGAAGAUUGAACUGAGGAAGUUCACCACUUCACUGCCUGAACAUCUACUAACAUCUUCAGGAGUCAGACCCAAUGAAGAUGGAACCUACCAGCUGAGGAAGAGUGUGGAGAUCCAGGAGGAUGAACCAGCAGAUUACGACUGUUAUGUGACUCACAGCUCCAUCAACACACCAGUAAUUAAACAGUGGGAUGGGAAAUACAACGACUGUACAAAUGACAGCUCUCUGAGUUCAACACUCAUAGUAGUGUUUUCAGUGAUAGCUGUGGUCCUCUUGGUCACCCUGGUGAUCUGUUUCUGCAAAAGGAAUGGAGUAAUCUGAAAUGGAGUCAGUAUGAAAGUGCCAGUGAAGGUUAUGGGGACAUUAAUGUAGCAGGAAAUGGCAUCAGUGAGGUGUCUCCCACCACUUAGCCACCUGUUUUCAUCAUGUGAACAAGUUAUGAAGACCGUUAUUUAAAACGUUUCAGCACUUUGUGGUACAUUUUAAAUAAGUUUUUGUAUUUCAUUGAUCUACUUAAAAGGGAAAGUGAUCAUGUCGCUGCCUGGACUGGUGGCAGUAUAGUGUUGCCUGCUGUGCAGAGCAGUGCCUUGGGCAGGGGAGGGCUGAGUGCCUUGCUCACGGACACAACCAGGGCUUUGUCACUUCAAGUCACUCCUGGGCUUUUAGCCCAUGGCCUUCUGGUGCUGGAUCACCCCUCUUGCCACUAGAAUACCAUUUUCAGGAUGUAUAAUAAUUGUAUUUGAUAUUGUCUCAAGAUUUUUGAAGAUCCCUUCUGAUAAGCUGCAACUGACCUAUUUUAAAGACCUACCUAGUUAUUGCUGCUGUGCCCAUCAGACUACCUGGUAGUGUCCAUAACACUUUUACUAACAGACUAAGAAGUUCAGCAUCACAAAGAAAAAUAUAGAAGCACACAGGAGGAGAACAUCUGAAGCAUUUUUCAUUCCAAAAUAAAACACUUUCAGACUGUUUAGUGCAGACAAAUUUGUUUGACUGUUGACAAAUUACGAAUGUAGAUCAAUUUAAAGCGAAUAAAUCUGGAUUCAGGAAACCAUGUUUACGUUACAUAAAGCACCAGUGUUAGAUGCUGAGGAGGACUCAUGGUCAUUUAUAGGAGGUCAGAGUUGAAUGAAACUACACAAAGCAUGGCCUUUGCACAAGUACAUUAAUAUUUAUUUUUAUACUCAUUUUUAAUGCAAAGGCUUAUGCUGCUGUUUAAACUUUAUCAAGCUUCAGCAGCCAAGAAACAGUAACUAGUUAGCCAGCUAAUCUUAAUUAGUGAUGGUGCAUUGCAGAACACCAUUGUUAUUCAAUGUAUAACCUUUUCCUUAUUAUUCUUCUUCUUUUUCUUCUUAAGAUAUUCUUAGUGAUUAUAUACAGCUUUUGAUACAAUCUUCGUUAAAUUACGUAUUUUUUACCAUGGGGUGCAGAAGUGGGACGCCUAUCCACUGUACCUCUGCUCGACUCACAUAUAUUAUGUCCUGGGAGGACACAGAGCAUGAUUUCGGUGUUCUGACCUGCACUCAUCCGUUUGUCAAUAUUUUUCAUCCCACGCUCCUCCCAUAGACUUCCGUUCAUUUUUGCCCCCUCACAAGCCCAAUUAUUUCCCUGGCCUGACAGCCACCAAACUCCAUGUAAUCAUUGAGGGCAGGUCUUUAACCUCUAAUCCACAGCCAUACUGACCUGCACUCCUCUAUGUGCCAUUUUUUCAUCCUUCUUUCCUCCCAUUAACUCCCAUUCAUUGUUGCUUCUAUCCAAGCCCAGUUGUUACUUUGCUCGGCAGCCACCAAACUACACUAUAUUGCCAAAAGUAUUGGCUCGUCUGUCUUCACACGCAUAUGAACUUGAGUGACAUCCCAUUCUUAAUCCAUAGGGUUUAAUAUGAUGUCGGCCCACCCUUUGCAGCUAUAACAGCU